CUUGACCUCUGUAUGUUCUGAGGUUUGAAAGCUCUUCACACAACACGACCAUGUCAUCAUCACCCGAAAGCACGCUCGCCGAUCUUCUUCCUGCGCACGAAGACGCCCUCGACAUCCACGCCCUCCAGGAGUCCAUCCAGGCCAAGCUCGAAGAGGACCUCUUCGAGACCGACACGGGCGCGUGUUCGCACAUCGUCUCGCUCCUCACAGACGUGCAGACGCGUUCGGCGCUCUUGGCCAAGUACAAGACCGUCGUCGCGUGGCGCGCCAAGAGGCAGCAGGACGCUAUACGGCCUUCAAAGCGCAGAAAGGUUGGCGUUCCAACGUGCGAUACGUGUUACAUGACGCUCGCCCGGCCGUUCGUGUGCCUGAGCUGUUCGUUUGGGGGAUGCUGGGCAGAGGGACAUAUGGUGGACCAUCUGAGGGAAUCUGGUCAUUCGUUCUGUGCAGACACGCGUUCCGGGUCCGUGUACUGUGCGGACUGCGAAGACUUCAUCUUCAACGACAUCAUGGACGAGGCACGCCUGCAGACCCAGCUCGCAGUCGAAGAGACACAGUCCAUGUUCCAAGUCUCGAAGAUGUCCCGUGAACCCUACAAACCCCACCUCCCCUCCUCAGAAGACACCGACCUCCUCAAAUCCACCGCUCCCCUCCCCUGCCAGAGCAGGCGAGGACUCCUCAACCUCGGCCAAACGUGCUUCAUGAACGUCGUCCUCCAGGCGUUCGUGCACAACCCACUCCUACGCGGCUUCUUCCUCGCGGACAAGCACAACGCGCGCCUAUGCAAGAACACCGACUGCACAUGCUGCGAGAUGGACGCGCUUUUCUCAGAGGUAUACGCGCCCUCUUCAUAUUUCACACCCUCAGGCGCACCCCCGCCGCCCUUCGGCCCGACCUCGUUCCUCGCUACGACGUGGAAGACGGCGAAAGACCUGUCUGGGCACGCGCAGCAGGACGCGCACGAGUUCUUCAUCAGCGCGCUGAACCAGAUCCACGCGACGGCGCGCGGGAGCACGAACGUGUCGUGCAACUGCAUCGUGCACUCGACGUUUGCGGGGCAGCUGCAGAGCGACGUGACGUGCGAGCGCUGCGGGAACACGACGAGCACGGUCGAUAUGAUGCUUGAUAUCAGCUUGGAGUUGCGGGGUAGUGGGAACUCGAAGGGCGCGGGAGGGAGGGAGGAGGGGAAUACGCUUGCGAGUUGUUUGAAUAGCUACACCAAACCCGAAAAGCUCGGCUCAAAAGACUACACCUGCAGCAACUGCACGUCGCCUUCGCAUGACGCAACCAAACGCCUCAGCUUCCGCAAACUCCCGCCCAUCCUCAGCUUCCAAUUCAAGCGCUUCGAGCACCGCACCCCCGCCGGGCACGGCAGCGCCAAAGCGGGCAGCGGCGCCGCGGCGGUGGCGAUGGUCGGCGUCCCGACGAAACUCGAUGCGCCGAUCCGGUUCCCUGCGGGCGUUAAUAUGGCGCCGUGGACGGCUGCUGCGCUUGGCUCGGGGUCGGGGGCGGGUUUAAUUGGAAAAUGGGGUAGAUAUCCGGGGCCUGACGCGAUGUACGAGUACGAUCUGUUCGCGGUGAUCAACCACGAGGGCGCGCAGAUGGACCAGGGGCACUACACCAACUACGCGCGCUCGGGGGACGAGUGGUACCGGUUCGACGACGACAAAGUAACCCCCUCCACGCUCUCGCACGCCCUCUCCUCGCACCACAACGCAUACAUGUGCUUCUACGCCAAACGCCACCUCGACUACAAGCCACACACGAAGCCGUCCUACCGCCUCACGCGCGAAUCCGACAUCGUGCGCGAGCUGCAGGCGAUGGCCGAGAACGGAGGUGGGACCGGGACCGGGGCCGGGGCUGGGAGGGUGUCGGAGCUCGAGCUCGAGCUUGAGCUCGGGAAGGACGAGCGUGAUGACGAUAUGGGCGAAACCGACGAGAGAGACCAGCGUGACAGGGAGCGCGAGAAGAUGGAUGCGGAUGCAGAGGCGGAGGCGGCCGAUGCGGCUGCGGCAAGGAUGAAGGAGGUGGACGAUGCGCUGCUGGAUUUGGUCGGUGCGGAUUGAGCGAGCGGGGCAGGCAGGCGCAGUGUGCUUGCAGCAGCGUUGUAGCGGUGCUUCGCAGUGCUGUGCAACGAUUCUUUGUUAUCUGUACGACACACGACUUACGAUGGGUCAUUUUGGGAUGUAUCAAUAGUGAGAGGGCGUUCAAUUCAUUC